AUGGAAUAUGCAAAUGAUGGGAAUUUACGGAAGUUUCCCAAAGAAAAUAAUCAUUCAUUGAAUUGGGAUCAAAGGUUAGAGCUGGCCUGUCAAAUUACAAAAGGAUUAUGUUAUUUGCAUAGUGAAGAAAUUAUUCACAGAGACUUG